AUGUUCAAGAAGCUGGGGUUCGGCCGCCGGACGACCGCGGCGCCUGUGGACGUGCAGCCUGCCGCGGAGCCGCUGCCCGUCCUCGCCGCCAUCGACGACCGGCCCUCGACCUUUGGCAACGUCGCGCAGCUCACGGCGGACGAGGCAACGGUUGCGCCCGAGGACAUGGCAGCGCUUGAAGGCAUCGACUUUGACGUCGAUGUGAACGCUGUCGACAUGGCGAUCGAGGCGCCGCCGGUCGCGGACCCUGGCAGCGACUGGAAUGGUUGCGGCGGGUGCCCCGUCUCAAUGAUCACCGACGGCUUUGUGCCGCCCCGCUUCACGUUUGGCUGCAGCAAGAACGCCGACGAGCGCUGGGCGAGCACGCUCACGUGGCGCAGCGUGCACCAGAUCGACCACAUUCUGCACACGCCGCGACUGCAUUUUGCGGUCAUCAAGGCGCACUGGUCGCACUUCUUCUGCGCUCGGACGCGCACGGACAACAAGAAUCUCGUCGUCUACGAGCACGUCGGUGGCUUGAACAAGGCGCUCGCGGUGCUCGAGGCGCAGCACAGCAUUGCUUUCGCAGACGUCAUGGCCCACUACCUCUUCCUCACCGAGUUUCAGUGGGCGCGGCUCGACACGCGGCCGUUCGACAAGGCGGCGCCGACCGUCGGCCAGAUGGUCAAGAUCCUCGACUUCCACGGCAUGGCGCUCGGUGACUGCAAGAACGCCGACUUUCGCACAUUUGUCUCGUGGACCAUGCGCACGAUUGGCCAGCACUACCCCGAGCGCUGCGCGGCCAUCUACAUCAUCAACACGCCGCCAUGGUUCAACACGUUUUGGCUCGUCAUCCAGCGCUUGAUCAGCGACGUCACCAAGCAGAAAAUCCGCAUUUGCCCGGCGCCCAAAGACUACGUACGCCGCCUCACCGCAUGGCUUGGCCCCGAGCACCUUCCCGCCGUCCUCGGCGGCAGUGCGACGAUCGACGGGACAGCACACUUCUCCGAGGACGAAGCCACGUUGCACGCGUAUGUGCAAAAGCACCUCACGGCCUAG